GAAACCUGGCACACUAUAUCCCUCGUACUCAAGGGGCUCGUCUUCAUCACAAUCAUCCUUGGAGCGCUCUUCGGGAAUGCGCUUGUCAUCAUAUCUGUUCACCGUCAUCGCAAGCUUCGUGUCAUCACAAAUUACUACGUCGUCAGCCUUGCGGUCGCAGAUAUGUUAGUUGCAUUAUGCGCAAUGACAUUCAACGCUAGUGCUGAACUAACUGAUACCUGGCUCUUUGGGCCUCUUGUCUGUGAUAUAUUUAAUUCUCUGGACGUGUAUUUCUCAAGCGCAUCCAUACUCCACUUAUGUUGCAUAUCCGUCGACAGGUAUUACGCUAUCGUUCGACCUCUAGAAUAUCCAGUAACAAUGACGCAUAGAACAGUAUGCUUCAUGCUCGCAAACGUCUGGCUGUGGCCAGCUUUCAUCAGUUUUGUUCCCAUAUUCAUGGGAUGGUAUACAACAGAACAACAUCGCCAAUUACGAAAAGAACAUCCAGACGUAUGCAUAUUCAAAACAAAUAUGGUCUACGCGCUAAUAUCAUCGAGUGUUUCUUUUUGGAUACCAAGUCUAGUCAUGAUUUCGAUGUAUUGUAAGAUUUUUAGAGAAGCUAUCAGGCAAAGGGAGGCCUUGACGCGGACUUCAUCAAAUAUUUUGCUCAAUUCUGUCCAUAUGAAACAUACGUCACACAGUGCACAUCAUUCACACUACCUGCAUCCAGACAGAAGACCUUCGGAUAUAAGUCCAAACUACAGUACUUUCACGGAAGUAGGUCCAGAGGAAACGGAAUUCGGAGGAGAAGUUGUAAUGGCUUUAGGAGAUAUUUGUCCAAGUAAGGAAGCUAGUCCAAGGAAGUCAGUAAACAUUAGCUGCGAUACAGCAAGUUCGGGGUACUGUUCUGGGGGUUCUAACAAGAGGUCCUCAAGUGGUCAGCCACCUCCUGGGUGGAGACCUAGCUGUACAUCAGCGGUGGCAACGAGAGAAUACGCAAAGGCAGCAACAGAACUAAAUUCUCAAGGAGCAUCGCUACGUGCAGCGGGCAAGUCAUGGCGAGCUGAACAUAAGGCUGCGCGCACUCUGGGCAUCAUAGUCGGCGCGUUUUUGUUAUGUUGGCUACCAUUUUUUCUAUGGUACGUAACAACAAAUGUGUGCGGCGAACCGUGCGAAACUCCAUCAGUGGUUGUUGGGGUAUUAUUCUGGAUAGGCUACUUCAACUCCGCGCUCAACCCGCUAAUAUACGCGUAUUUCAACCGCGACUUUCGAGAUGCGUUUAAAAACACGCUCAUGUGCGCUCUGCCUUGCUGCUUCAGCUGUUGGAAAGACACGGGCACGGCGUCUUACGUGUGA